AUGGAGCAACUACAAGAAACUCCUUUCAUGGAGCAACUAAAAGAAACUCCUCUCAUGGAGCAACUAAAAGAAACUCCUCUCAUGGAGCAACUACAAGAAACUCCUUUCAUGGAGCAACUAAAAGAAACUCCUCUCAUGGAGCAACUACAAGAAACUCCUCUCAUGGAGCAACUACAAGAAACUCCUCUCAUGGAGCAACUACAAGAAACUCCUCUCAUGGAGCAACUACAAGAAACUCCUCUCAUGGAGCAACUACAAGAAACUCCUCUCAUGGAGCAACUACAAGAAACUCCUCUCAUGGAGCAACUACAAGAAACUCCUCUCAUGGAGCAACUACAAGAAACUCCUCUCAUGGAGCAACUACAAGAAACUCCUCUCAUGGAGCAACUACAAGAAACUCCUCUCAUGGAGCAACUACAAGAAACUCCUCUCAUGGAGCAACUACAAGAAACUCCUCUCAUGGAGCAACUACAAGAAACUCCUCUCAUGGAGCAACUAAAAGAAACAUCUUCAAAGUCGCCGAUGGCGCCACCUGAAAAAAUAAGCGAGUACUUCAUGGUGAUCAGCUGGCUGUGGAACUACAGUGCAGGAAAUUAA